GGAUGUGAACUGGUCAGAAAGUCUCAGGUACCUUACCUGCUUGCAAGAAGACUUCGUUUAGCGAAGCCUGGAGGCUGGAAGCCUUGUAAUGUCGACAGUUACGGCGAUUGUAAGUGUAUCACCGCCGGAUCCUUUAUCCCCCAGGGCUGCCGUCAUGACUUCGGAAAUGGCGGAUUUCCACGAUAUAUGGCAAGAUAUUGAAAGUGUACUUUUAGGUGAUAUGACCAUAGCUUGUACUGGAGGUACCACUAUUGUACCAACAAAUACUGUUGCAGGAUCACCGGUAGAUCAAUUAUCAAUUGGACGUCGACAUUCGGGUAUGAAUCAGAUAGCCCCAACCUCCAGAAGCCACGAAGAAUACAGGUUAGAAACCGAAUAUGGAAUUUCAGUAGAACGUAAACCCACAUUUGGAGAUGAUUCAGGAAUGAAAUACGACGUUGGACAUAUUCCAGAAGGGCACGAUUCCAUUGCACCUUCCUAUUAUAAUCCAGUGUAUCCAUCACGAUAUAAUUCUAGCAUUACCGAAAUUAAACCCAACGAUAGUUAUACACCCGCUCUUUCUAGUGUAAGAGAACCAUUAUCAUCAACAAAUUACGUUGGUCAAUGGACCACUUUCCCAACGACAACAAACAACCAUUCGUCAUCUCCAUCUUCUUCCACGGCGGCUCCUGUAGAUAGUUCUAUGUUUAGAUAUCCACAGAUAGGAGGGCAAUACGGUGGAUAUUUCCCUCCAAAUACCAGACCACCGAUGUCUUUCGUGAGACCACACGCGUCUACAACCCAUCUACAACAUUCUUUUACGCCGCAUUACGGCAACCAUAGUAGAAUGGUAGAUUCUCCAGCAUCCCCGCAUUUAGCCGAACUUUUAGCCGGUAGAGGACCCAAUAAUUUGACUGUGCUGCCAUCUCAUUCGGCUAAUAUGGAGCAGGGUACCAUACCCACUACACCCAAGCCAAGAAGAGGACGUAGAUCUAGAGGACCGAAGAAGAUUACGGUUCACACUUGCUCGUAUCCGGGAUGCACGAAGACUUAUUCGAAGAGUUCUCAUCUGAAAGCUCACUUGAGGACCCAUACUGGAGAGAAACCUUACCAAUGUACGUGGAAGGGAUGCGGUUGGAAAUUUGCUAGAUCCGACGAACUAACUCGACAUUUUCGUAAACAUACGGGCGAUAGGCCUUUCCAAUGCAGACUUUGCGAGAGGGCCUUCUCACGUUCCGAUCAUCUUUCCCUGCAUAUGAAAAGACACGCAGAAAUUGUGUGAUCUUCACGUCCAUUAUCCCCCAUUAUCAAUAUAUAGAAGUUCAAUUUGCCGCAGUUUUACUUAUGCUCACGUACUGUCUAUUCUGUGUGCAAUAAUUGUACAGUUAUGUUUUAUCGGUUGGUAACCAUAUAUAUAUUAAAAAACCUACAUGUGUAUAUAUAUAAAUAUAUAUAAAUUUGUCAACGGAAUUUAUUCUUGAGAUAGAGAAGUGCCAAUUCAAUGUAUGAAGACACAAAAAUAUUGAAUAAC